ACGUCAUUAUUUAUUUUUAAACUAGUCUUACGGUGUUUUCUUGGUAACAUAUUACGUUUUAAGACAGGCGUAGCGUCCUAUGCCUAAACCUGAACUCCUACUAGUUGAGUAGUAAAGCGGUUAGGCUAGCAUCACGAACUUGGAUGAAAACUGGUAUUUAUUUUACGAGUUUCAUCAAUACCGGUAACCAAGCUGUUAAUUUGCCGAACACGUUCUUUAUGGUUGUAUUAGCUUGUUAAAAUAAUGUACUGCGACGUCUGUGUGAACUGUUAGCCCAUGUAAUCCCUGCUAUCCCUAUGUGAAGGACCUGUGGGAAUUCAGCCAAGUUGAUGACAACACAGGAUUGUGCAGCUAUUGUUGUCUUACAAAAGUCACUGUAGCCUCUGUUUACUCAAUAGUUAAACACGAAUUUAAAGAUUCGAUCUUUUAAUAUUAUGUUCAUGGAAGCGUGGCAGCUCUCAGGAGUAUUUUAGGAGUUUACUGCAGCUAUGGAGAACUCCCCUGAAGACUACAAGAUCCAGUCGUUUGACCUGCAGACGCAGAUGUUGCUCAAAACAGCCUUGAAAGAUCCAGGCUCAGUGAAUCUGGAGAAAGUAUCCAGUAUCAUUGUGGAUCAGUCUUUGAAGGACCAGGUUUUCAGCAAAGAGGCUGGACGCAUCUGCUACACAAUUGUGCAGGCGGAGGCCAAGCAAAACAAUGGUAACGUGUUCCGGAGGAGCCUGCUCAACCGCCUCCAGCAGGAGUUCAAGGAGCGUGAGGGGACCAGAACUCGGUCCUUGCAGGAGUGGGUCUGCUAUGUGACCUUCAUCUGUAACAUCUAUGACUACCUCAAAGUCAACAACAUGCCCAUGGUGGCGCUGGUCCAUCCUGUCUAUGACUGUCUGAUGAGGCUGGCGCAACCUGAUGCUCUCAUGAAUGAAGAGGAGGUGGAUUGUCUGGUGCUGCAGCUACACCGCAUCGGGGAGCAGCUAGAAAAGGCCAACAGCCAGCGCAUGGAUGAGCUCUUCUACCUGCUGCGGGAUGGCUUCCUGCUUCAGGAGGGGCUGACCUCUAUGGCCCGCCUGCUGCUGCUGGAGAUCCUGGAGUUCAGGGCGGGAGGCUGGGUGCUCAGCGGCACGGCGCACAGGUACUACUACAGCGAAAUCGCAGACUAGGACACUCGCCAGGACAACGGGAGUUCACCAGCAACUUUUUUUUUUUUUUUUGAUGGACGCAAAUCCCAUAGUUGAGUGGAGAUGAUGUCGAUGUGCAAUAGAUCACGAGUUCAGUUCCUGAGGUUCAUCCACUGAGUUUUUCUUAAAUUUAUUUAUAAAAGUUUUAUAUGUUGAAAGCAUUCCUUUUAUGAACAUUUCAAGGUUGUUUGCUAAACAUCAGAUUCAAGCUGGUUUGAUGCUUGCUUUAUUUCUGAUGUGUGACCAAUAGUUAAAGGAAUAGAAGUUUUGAGAGAUAUUUUAUUAAAGGUUUG